UGUAGAACUAACGCAAACUAUAUAUUACAUGUUCCAGGUCAACGUCGAAUGUUCGAACUUGCAGAAGAUGAGAUCGAAGUUGGGAUGGGAAUUCAUGGAGAGGCUGGAUAUGAGAAAAAAUUAAAACCGUCGUACGAGAUAGCUUCAAUGAUGUUGGACCGCAUAAUCAACGUAUUAUCUUUAAAAAAUGGAGAUUCGGUUGCAGUUCUUAUUAAUAAUUUUGGAGCAUUAAGUCAAUUGGAACAAGGAAUAGUUGCUCACGAUGUGGUCAAAAUACUCCGCAAUAUGAAUAUAAAACCUGUUCGAGUAUAUUGGGGAAUGGUGAUGACAUCGUUAAAUAGCGCUGGGGUACACGUUACGCUUCUAAAAUUACCUGACAAGCAUAAAAGUCUUUUUCUUAAAUGUCUCGAUGCACCAACUGAUGCACCAAGGUGGCUAGGUAGCAAGUUUAGUGUUCCUUUAGAACCGACAGAACAGAUCAUUCAACAUGAAGUAAUACGAAAAGUAGAUCAAAUUGGUAUAGAAAUUCCUUCAGAUUUACAAAACUUAUUAAAAAAUUGCAUAAAAAAUGCUUGCGAGAAUGCGAUUAAAGAAGAAGAACAUCUGAACGAUUUAGAUAGAGGAUGCGGAGACAGUGAUGCGGGAUCAACGCUUAAAAGGCUUGCCGUUAGAGCUUUGUUAAAUAUAGAUAAAUUACAGUUUUCACAUCCAGCGUCGACAUUUCUUGAAUUAGCGCAUAUAGCCGAAGAAGAAAUGGGUGGUGCAUCCGGAGCAUUGUAUUGUCUAUUUUUUACUAGUAUUAGCACACAAUUAAUUUCACCUACAAACAAAAAUUGGACAGAAAUUUGGGCUCGUGCGUUUCGUUCCGCCUUAAAUAGUUUAACGCAAUAUGGAAAAGCGAUGCCAGGAGAUAGAUCUUUGAUUGAUCCACUCAAUGCUCUUUGCGAUACUCUUGACAAAACGGUACACAAACCAUUAUCAGAAAUUUGUGAUGCGUUACGUACAUCAACUUGGCAAGCGUGUGAGGCCACGAAACAUAUGAAACCCAUGGUAGGCCGUGCUAGCUAUGUAAAACAAGCUAAAUAUUUACAAAACGUAGAUGCUGGUGCAUUUGCAGUUGUAACUUGUGUCAAUGCUGUUACAGAUGUACUUAAAACUUAUCAAUCUUCCUCAUAAUAAUAAUAAUAACAAUAA